AUGGGAACACGAUGGGGUUGUGUGCCGGCGUGCGUGGCCUUGGCGGGGGGUGGAGAGUGGUCCUCGGCGGCCUCGGGAGCUGAUCGGCGAGGAGCGGGGCGCGUGGCGUGGAAGGAAAAGGAAAAAAAGGCGGCAGGUGUUCUGUUCAGAGAUGAGAAUAGAGCGGCGGAGAAUGCGGGUCGAAAACAUGCUAAAAAUAUCUCCGUGGGUGUGGGGGGCGAUAGCUCCGUGGGUGUGGGGGGCGAUAGCUUCGUGGGUGUGGGGGGCGAUAGCUUCGUGGGUGUGGGGGGCGAUAGCUCCGUGUGUGUGGGGGGCGAUAGCUCCGUGGGUGUGGGGGGCGAUAGCUUCGUGUGUGUGGGGGGCGAUAGCUUCGUGGGUGUGGGGGGCGAUAGCUUCGUAGGAGACGCAGAGGAGACGCAGAGGAGACGCAGAGGAGACGCAGAAAUCACUUCCACUACACGCUCAUUACCGCCUAUUCAUCUGGAAGACAUCUCCCCCUCUCCCCCUCUCCUCCCCCCUCUGUGUGUGCGUCUUUACUCCCCCUAG